UUGUUUACCCCCUACUAAUUAUAUAAAGAUUCCAACCAAGCUGAUAUUUUCAUUCCGUCAGGCCGAACCCUAGAAAAGAAUGGCGUCACAACGCAAACGCAGCAAAAUGCUCGAACCAUCAUCAGCAGCAGGAGAUUUUAGACCUCCAAUACAAGAUAGAAAUAAACAACCCAAAAUACGAACUAAAUCCCCAGAGAGAGAACAAUUGGCGUCACAACCCUCUCCUCCUUCCUCUGUCUCCCCUCUAAUGGACGCAUAUAAAAACCCAGGAGAAGGGCUUGGCCAAAUGAGUCUCUUUACUCCGAGGUACACCGGUGAUGACUUGAGCGACAUACACGGUGAUGAAGAGCUACGUUCUCUCAGCCGCCAGCUCGAGUUCUUGCAAUUUAGAUAUCAAGCUCGAGUGGCGCAUCUCAUGGAGAUGAAGAAUCAAGAAAAAACGGAGAUGAAGAAUCAAGAAAAAACAGAGAUGAAAAAUCAAGAAAAAACGCAGCAUGUGGAGGGCGGUUUACACUUCACUGUGCUUUGGUCUACCACCAAAGGUACUAUGCACUGUCAUAGUUUCGACGAGUUGGGCUUGAAGGAUUGUAGUGAUCGAGAUCUUGUAAUAUCCGGAUUUGAAAGAAAACUGGAACCCAAUCCUUUUUGUGUGGGAUUUUUCUGUGUGGGUGAUACCUUGUUUAUGGCUGGGGGCAUGAUUAAUAUUAGAGAUGAAGAAGAAGAUAAAGAAAAGUCUGAACCAACAAACUGUUUGUGGUCUGCUGUGCCACCAACUGAUGGUUCUCUAUGUGAGUCUUGGACACUUUGCCCCGCUACUAUGAAGGUAAAGCGGUCCCACCCCAUUCUAGUCCCGUUACGUGAUGGCAGGAUAUUCAUCUGCGGGGGCACAGCUGAACGAGAAGGUUGGGCUGAGUUGUACGACCCGGAGAAAGGAGAGUUGGAUGCUAAGAACUUGACUGUUUCCAUGGGUGAGUGUCCCUGUCCACUCACUGCCCUUGACUUGUAUGAUCCGGAGAACGGAGAGGACUUGCCUGUUCCCACUCCCAUGAGUAUGUGUCCCUGUGCAAUCUCUUGCUUUCAGUGGACCGAUGAAGUUGUCAUGAUAUACUAUCACCACUUGCUCUAUGGCAGAGGAAUGGGAUGUGCCGUAGAUUGUAAACCAUCUCUCCUCUCUUACAACAUUGCUCAAGACAAAUGGGCUAUAUUUGCAGAAAACAUCCCUCCGCCGUUGCAUGGUCGUGGCAUGGGAUAUAGGAACCUUGUAUAUGUGGGGGGCGACAUUCUAUUCAUUAUCGACUAUUCAUGUGUUUGGUUCGUGUACGAUCUAUCCUCCAAAAAGAAGGUGGGGGAAGUGUUCGUGAAGGCGAGGCCUAGGGGUCGGAAUGUGCAAGUGGUGGAAGCUUUCUAUACCGGCAACAAAGAUAUUAAAAGUAGUAGCUGGGUCUUCUACGUGUUCAUGCGUAUGGCUGGUAACCGCCACUGUGAUCUUGAAUAUGCCAAGGUCGAAGUCGUCCAAGGCAAGGGCGGGGAUUACAUUUCUACAGUUCUAAUGAAGGGUGUCCUGAAAAUCGGUUCUUUUAGUGACAUUUAUAUAUUCGCCGAGAAGGACAGGAAAGGGAAAGAGAAGAUAGAGAUGCUGGAGACAUGAAUCUUAUCAUGCUGCAUUAUGUUUAAAUUAUUUUCGCUUUUGUAGUGGUAUGUAAGUGUUAUUUUGAAAACCUCCCUCCACCAUAACCAUCUCAAUGUUUCUUGUGUGUCCUAUUCUAACUUAUACUUUUAAAACUGUCUGGCGUAUUUAUAUUUCUGCUCUA